AUGCAUGGGAUAGGAUUCUGCGCCACCGAUAAACAAGACACCUGCCGCAAUCUUGUUCAUUCUCUGCUCUUGGCAUUGCACACACAACGUUGGCCGCACACCACCUGGAAGUGCUGUGAAUGCGUCCUGGUUGUCACGCAGCUAGUUGAUACAGUUUCCAAGCGACUCUCGGCAGCUUCAUGUAAACAAGAGUGGAGGCGGCGAGGUAAUCUGGGUGGCCCCUCCUCCCACACGCCCUCCCUCAAUACCCGCGCCAAAGAGGAUAAAAGAGGGUACACCCAUAGCACCCUUCCCAUGUCCACUACACCCACCACACUCUCCCGCCACACCCACAACAUUCUUCUCACGUCCACUACACCCAACACAUCCUCCCGCCACACCCACAACACCCUUCCCACGCCCACUACACCCAGCACACCCAUAUCCCGCCACACCUACAACACCCUUCCCACGCCCACUACACCCAGCACAUCCUCCCGCCACACCCACAACACCCUUCUGCACACCCAGCACACCCUCCCGCCACACCCACAACACCCUUCCCACGCCCACUACACCCAGCACACCCUCCCGCCACACCCGCCGCCUCCCAUAAUGCAUGACUCAGCCGACCGGAAAAUCAUUCACAAAUUGUUUCAUGGAAAUUAG